GUCGCCCGCACGACUGCAGCCAAACUUGCAGAAAAACAACAAAUGAGCGUAGUAAACAGUACAUCUCCCUCCUGGACACCAUGUCCUCGUCGGGAUUGGCGUCUCCGUAGCAACAAAACACAAACAAAAUUCCGUCCACUUGGAGUUGCUCGUAGCGAAAUCUAUGGCUCUUCUAUCCAGCUGGAGGGUUGCCGUGGCUAUAUCAGCAACCUUCCUCUAGUGCUGACACAGGCAGCUCAAGGGUAUAUGGGUCGACGCGGGUUCCGCUUCAAUCCGGAAAUGUGCUCGAUCCUUGCCUGCUACGAUCCGAAUGGUGCGUUCGCUGACAACCGGGAGACACUGAUGAGAGACCUUUCUGCUCGAAUGCGAUCUCGUGGACCCGAUGGCUCUGGCUACUAUGGAAAUGAAAAAUUUGGCCUUGCCCACGAGCGGCUCGCGAUCAUGGAUCCUGAAGGCGGAAAACAGCCGAUUGUCUAUGAAGAUGCCAAGUAUUCUGUCUGUGCAAACGGCGAAAUCUACAACUUUCGCCAACUACAGGAAAAGUAUGAGCUCGGCACUGCAAAGACCGGUUCGGACUCUGAAGUCUUGCUCCAGCUAUUCAAACUAAUAGGUCCGGAGUUUGUCAAAGAACUUAAUGGCAUUUUCGGAUUCGUUUGCGUCGGUGAUGAUGGCGAAAACAUUUUAGCAGCUCGUGACCAUUGCGGCAUCAAGCCCCUCUACAUCGGAUAUGGAAAAGGGGGCUCCAUUUGGUUCGCUUCUGAGCUGAAGGCGAUAUGUGAUCAAUGUGAAACAAUCGAGGAAUUUCCAGCCGGAUAUUAUUGGACCCCGGUGAGUGGUUUUGUGAAAUAUUACAGGCCUGAAUGGGACAGCGACGACUAUGUCGGGAGGAAGGACACUUCCCAUGUGCGUGAAGUGCUUACUCAAGCUGUCAGAGAACAGAUGAUGUCGGACGUCCCCAUCGGCUUAUUGCUAUCUGGUGGUCUUGAUUCGGCCGUGAUAUCAACAAUCAUCAAGCCAAUGCUAGAAGAGACUAAGCAGCAGUUCAUCACGUUCACUGUUGGCCAAGAAGGUUCCCCAGAUAUCACAGCCGCAAGAAUGAUGUCUGAACACCUCGGCACUGAUCAUCAUGAGUACCUGUUUACCUCAGAAGAAGCUUGCAGCAUCAUACCCGAUGUUGUUUACCAUCUUGAGACCUAUGAACCAGAGCUCAUCCGAUCUGCGAUUCCCAACUAUUUUCUUGCUCGGCUAGCAUCCAAAUACGUCAAAGUUGUUCUCACUGGCGAAGGUUCUGAUGAACUUUUUGCUGGGUAUCUCUAUUUCCGCGACGCGCCCAACUCUACUGCGAUACAUAAAGAGCUUCGUCGCAUUUUUCACCACCUCCACAAUGUCAAUUGCCAAAGAGCCGACCGCAUGACAAUGGCGCAUGGCCUAGAAGCCCGCGUUCCUUUCCUGGAUCCAAACGUGAUUGAUGCUGUUAUGCAGGUAGACCCUGAGUUGAAACGGAUAGAGGGUGAAAACAAGCCUGAAAAGCAUGCCCUUCGUGCACUUUUCGAUGGCGAGAUACCGGAUCCUGUUCUCUGGAGAACCAAAGCGAUGCAAUGUGAAGGAGUUGGAUUAAAUUGGGUCGAUGAUUUGCAGGCUUUCUGCGCUGCUCACGUAACGGAUGAAGAGUUUGACAAGGCGACGACAUUAUACAAAAUCAAUCCUCCGCAGAGCAAAGAAGAGAUGUACUAUCGAAAAAUAUUUGAAUCGCAUUAUCAGAAUAUGGACAAGUUUGUGCAUGUUUGGGAUGGCGGUUGCAGAGCAGGAGGCGCUGCUUGGCAAAACCAGGCAUACACCCGUUUUGGUCUCAAGGACGUCGCUCAACUUGCCAAGGGAAUCGAAGGGGUCAGAGGGGCUGAAUAGGAGCUUGAUUGGCGAAGGACACCUUUCCUGUGAAAUUAAAGUUUUAGUUGCUUUUAUUCUAAAUACGAAGGUAUGAUAUUUGAC